CCUCAAGAUAGGAUUUUUGAUUAUGCUGGCAUUUCUGUUCCUUGCAAAGUUUUAGGUAUUGUUCCUGAUAAUGUUUUUAAAACCACUGCUGAAAAUGAAAAAGUUAUGGCAAAUAAUAAUCACUUAGCUUCCUGUAUUGACCAUUCCAAGCAACAUAUUUGUUCUCUUGGAAGAAAAUGUCAUGCAAGAACCUCUUUAGAGCCAAUCGAGAAUCUUCAUGAGAAUGUCAAAUAUUUAAAGAAUCCUUUAUUUGGUAUUAAAUAUCCAUAUGAACCAGAAUUCUUCAGGGUCGAAAUUGAUCCUUCCAAUGGUCAUCCUUUCAACUCUAGAAGGGCAGGAUUAUGUCCAUAUUGUCCCAAUUUAGUGUUCCAUAAUCUUAAAAAUUCAAAUUACUCCAUGCAUCUUGCCGUUUAUCAUGGUGUCUAUCCUGAUAAUUAUACUACACCAAACCCCUAUAAUUUUGGCAACUAUUAUGUUAAGAAAAACAACAAACACAGAAAAACAAUCCCUCAAGCAAGGAACAGAAAGUGUGUUAUUUGUCCAUGUUGUCACGAACUAAUUGAAGCGGCAUGUACUCAAAAAACAGUUGAUAAACCUUUGGUUAACUACUUGAGACAUUUUAGAGAUCACCACAGA